AUUAUGCCGAAGCUGGGCGGCGAAUAGAUGACUGCGGGAUGAUAGCGCGGUUCCGCACUGCUUAGGGUCAUGUGGUCUUGCUUCCGCGCUGCUUCGCGCUCCGCUGCCAGAUUUCCCGAGACGCGCAGUCGAGUACUCAGUCAAUCGAUCAUCGCCAGAUCCACUCCGCGAGACUGCCACGUGUUCGUGCAGCCGCUGAUCGCGUGUAAGUCGCAUUCAGCGUUCGCGUGGCGAUCAGGCGAAGCCAACAGACAGUUAGUUCGCCGGUGGCUUCGCCAGCCGAGCAGCCUCGGUCCGAAUGAUUUGGCUCGGCAUCCGGUUCAGAAUCCGGUUCGGAGUCUGGUUCGGCAGGCCGAACCUCUCAGCGUUUACUGUAGGACCCCUCCGCCUGUCUCCGAUCCGUUAGCGUCCGCUCGAAGCGUCCUCUCGUGCCGAAGUCACGCUGCAGAUUGCCGGUCCGUGCCAUUAAGAGGUCGCUGCUACGCCAGCUGCAGCAGCAGCAGCAGCAGCAACGGCAGCAGCAGCAGCAGCAGCAGCAGCAACGGCAGCAGCAGCAGCAGCAGCAACGGCAGCAGCAGCAGCAGCAACCGUAACAGCGUCGAAGGACAUGGACCGAGGGUUCCUGUCAAUGAUGUCCCAAGAGACGUUAGGACACUUGGCAGCUCGAGACACACCGGCAUGCGGAAUUCACAGUGGAUCAAUCAGGCUCACCCGGGACAGGGUUACCCGGGACACGGUUACCCGAUGCAGCGGGAUCGGCUAUUUGAGGAGAGGCAGGCCAAGGAUCGGAUUCGCGGACUGCUGUGGCGAAUGCGCGAAGCAGCAGAGUCGGGUAACCACGAGCUGCUCUUGUCGCUUGCUGGCCCGCCACUGAGCGUGAGCGAGAGGCGGAUGAGGGAGAUCAGUGAGAGAAGCAACAUUGGAGUCAGCAGCGGUGAGACGAGCGAAAAGGAGAGCAGAUCUAGUCAACCUUGCAGCGGGAUAGAUGCCGGCGAUAGCAGCAGCAGCAGCAGCAGCAUCAGCAGCAGCAGCAGCAGCAGUAUGAGCAGCAUGGAGAGCACGAGGGGCAGCGUGCGCAGCAGCAGUGAGAAUGAGAGGGAGCAGUCAACAGUGAUAGAGGCUGUGGGCCUUUCGCCUGCAACACCUGAAGCUACGUCACCUGAAGCAAUACCUGACGUUUCGCCUGAGAGCGCAAUUUCUUCCUCGCCAUUAGAGACAGUGGCUGUACACGUGUCACCUGACAGCGCCACCACGCGGCCCCCCUAUUUGUUGCCCUCGAGGAACGUCCGCGCAGUGCUGCAAGCCCUGCGCCGGCAGCACGCUCCAAUGGUGGCUGUCCACGUGUACUGGAGGCUGCGGACAGCUGGACGGCUGUCGCCUCUCUGUGAUGACGUGGCGAUUGCUGCAUGCUGCGGGGCGGAGGCAGAGUAUAGACUGGCGGAGUAUGAGAGGGAGGAGAGCAGGCAGGGGAGAGGGUGGGGCGGGGGAGGGGGAGGGGAGAGGAGUGGAGUGGAGGAGGUGGGAUUAUUGGGGCGAACAGAAGGAGAUCUGGAGGUGAUGGAUAUGGACGAAGGGGAGGAGGAGGCAGAGGAGGAAGGAGAAGAAGGAAAAGGAGGUGGAGGGGUGGAAAAUGUGGCGGGGGACGAGAGGGGGCAGGAGGAACGGAAGGCGGGUGAGCAAGUCGUGAUCCAGGAUGCAUUGACUGGGACGCAAACUGGCAGCAGCAGCAGCAGCAGCAGCAGCAGCAGCAGCAGCAGCAGCAGCAGCACAGUGACUGGCAGUUCAGUUGAGGGGGAGAACGGGGGGCUGCAGCAGGGCGGCAGCAGGAAACACGGCAGGAGGCAUGGCAAGCGCAAGCACCCUCCAUGGGUGUUCACCAGCCCCACUGUGCAGGCAGCUCUGGGCUGCCAGGCGCCUGCUGACGCCCUGCAGAUGAUCACUCCAGUGUGGGGGGUGGCUGGGGAGGGAUUGAUGGGCGAGGACCAGCUGGGCAGCAGCUCCCGUGCCUCCCUUCAAGCACACCAGUCCCACGCAUCCCCACACCCGGGAUCAUCCCAGGCCUCUCUACUUGGCAUGGAAGCCCGUUUCCCGGUGCUAUCUGCGCUGAUUAGGUUCGAGGAGAGGUUCGGCAUUGGCUCGAGCGCGUGGGAGGAGGUUCGGGAGCGGGGGCUGUGGGAGAAGGCAGCCAUGGAGAUUCUCGCCGAGGCUCGGAUCGAGGCUCGUUCCGAGGCUCGGGCCGAGGCCCGGAAGUUUGGAGGGGCAAUGGAUCGGCCGUACCACUUUGUGCUGAUGGCUCUGGCGCUGAGGGGGUGGGGUGAUGAGAUAGAGCAGGUGAGGGUAUGGAUGGCAGAGGACGGGGUCUCCCUGGCUCCCCGCUUCCCCGCCCUCCUGGAUCGCCUGCGGCAAUUCGGCCAGUCAAAGCCACCCGUCUCAUCCGACGCACACCUGCUCUCCAUGCUCUCAACCAAUCCGGACUCCGCGGUGCACAAGCUCGCCUUGGCGCGGCAGUGGGACGACAUGCUGCUGCUGCUUCCGCACGCGCUGGCAUCGUAUUUCCACUCGCAGGGGUGGGAGCGCAUUGCCCUCUGGAGCACCACCCUGGCUGCUGCCGGCCAGGCGGGCCGCGCAGAUGUGUUCAAAGGGAUGGUGGAGGCGGCUGAAGCCACUGGGCUCGCGGAUGCCCCGUUCUUUCUGCCUGACGGCACGCAGCUCACGCGCCGGCAGUUCAUAGGGCUGAAUUUCUGGAAGGGCUUUCGGCCGGUGAUAGAGCGGCAGGGCCGGCAGUGGGCGCCGCAGGGCGAGUUCGAGCGCUCGUGGGGGGUGGUGAGGGAGGCCGUGCAGAGCACAGGGCUGCACCCUCACGAGGGAAUUUCUUCCAUCUUCAUCUCGGUGCUGUGUGUCAACGGCCAGCUGGACAAAGCGAUGGACGUGUUGGAGGAGAUGCAGCAACUCGGCUUCACCCUCACGCCGCGCAUCUUCGACCCGCUUCUUCGCCAGCUCGCACGCUCCAAGCUCUUCAAGGAGGCGCUGGCACUGGCAGACGUGAUGCGAAAGAUGGGGGCCGGGCUCACCGUGGCAUCUUUCAGCAGCUUGAUUGAGGCGUGCCUGGAGGUGGACAAUAUGCCCAUGGCUCUUGAGGUGGUGGCUGAGAUGCGGGCCAACGGCGUGCAGCGCAACAGCUACAUCUACACUCCCAUCAUCCACGCCUUCUGCAAGCAGGGUAAGCUAUCGGCAGCCAUAAGAGUGCUUCGAGAAAUGAUGGCUGAUGGCAUCCAGCCCAACGUGGUGGUGUUCACCCAGCUCGUGCACGGCUGCGCCAUGGCGCGCAACAGAGGGCUGGGCUUGCGGGUGCACGAGAUGAUGGGGCAGCACGGGGUGCCACCCAACGACUACCUGCAUGCCGCUAUGGUGGAACUGCACCACAAGACAGGCGAUGUUAAUGGCGCCAUGCAGUACCUGGCAGCAGCGGAGGCGGCGGGGCACAAGGUGGGCGCCAAUGCAGUGAGUGCGCUGGUCGAAGCCCUGGCAGCAGCAGGCCGAACCCAAGCCGCCCUGGACGCAUACCAGAAGGGGCGGGAGCAGGGGGUGAUGCCUCUGCCGUACGCUGUGGGGACGCUGAUCAUGGCGCUGGGGCGGGAGGGCAAGGUGGGGGAGAUGAUGGAGCUGUUUGGGGAGGCGCGGAGGGGGGGGAAGGGGAGGGAAGGGGGGGAAGGGGGGCGGCAGUGGGAGGGUGUGACGUGGCAGCAGGAGAUGCGGAGCGGGCAUGCGCUGGUGGUGCAGACUCUGGCGUGCCUGGCUCAGAUGAACGAUGUCGAUCGCAUAUUGGAGGUGGCAGAGGCGAUCAAGGACGACCCACACCUCAACCGGCAGCAGAUCUUCGACCAGGUGCUGCUGCCGGUGGCCCGCGGUCUACCCGAUGGGAAUGGUGUGUGCUUGAUCGGAGUCAGGGAGACGCUCCGCAUGUUCCAAGCCCUGCGCACCGUGGGAGUGCAGCCGUCGCGCAUGGUGCUGGAGGCCCUCCUGGACUCAUGUGCAGCCAUGGGCGACCUCCCGCGCGCCCAGCACGUGAUGGACGACAUGCACCGCAACGACCUGCCCCCCACAAUCUUCACGCUCUUCCGCCUGUUCCGAACUGCCAUAACAGCGGAGGACGAGAAUGCUGCUUGCGAUGCCCUGCGCCAGAUGUCGCCCUCUGAUUUGUUGGACGAGGAUGUGCAGCUGCUGGUGCUUAAAGCCCUGGAGCCCUUCAUCCGGGCGGCAGCCGAUGGCGGGGAGGAGAUGGCGCUGGCCAAUGAGACGCUGCCACGUGUCAGGGAGGAGGCUUACCUGGCGAUACUGAGGGCGAAUGCACUCAAGUUGCAGGGAAUGCCAGGGGGGGGAGGGGAGAGGGAUGGGGGGCUGGGUCAGGGGAAUGGGGGAGUGGGUGAAGAGAUUGCAGAGAUUCUGGCGAGUCAGCAGCAUCAACAGCUGAAGGAAAAUGCUGCUAGGACAGAACACUCCACAUGAUGAUGGUUUUGGGAUUCAGUUGUAGGAAAGUGUGAGUAGCAUAAUGUUUUGAUGGCCUAGUUUGCCAACCAUUAUAUCGGCAGUCCGUCACCAGCAGAAGGGAAUACCAGUAUGUCACCAGCGAUGAGGGUGGGUGUGGUGUGGCCAAGUGGUAUCACCAUGCGAGUGUGAUGCCACGCCAUAGUCAGCUGAGCCCAGAACAGAAAGAACUACCUGCAGGAAAUCCUACGUGCACUACUUGGCAAUCUUCUGCCCUGUGUGCAGUGCACCCUAGUUCCAACCUGGAGCUUCAAUUCAAACACUGCUGACCGGUGCGUCUCAAUGCAGGCAGGCUUGGUGGAAGUCAGGCACUUAGAGACUCCACUCCACAUCCUGGUACAUGCCUUCUAUCCU